AUGUCUUCUCGUAGCGUGCGUUUCCAGUGGCCUCCAGUGCCAUGUGUGGAGGAGGAGCCCGCCUCGCUUGCACGAGAGCUACACGGCCUUUCCAAGCUCAGUGAGAAGCCCGGAGUCGAGGGCACCUGCAGAAGGGGUACUGUCGACCAGUAUCCGGUCAUCCUCGCUCCAGAUUCCCCUCUUCCGACAUCGACCACUCCACCCAGCGAUUUGGCCACUCCAGGAUUAGGAAAUGUCUCUUCCGAUGACAGCAGCUCUGGUCUCCGUACCCCUUCUCCCCAGGUCCCAGAACCAGCCGUUCGCAGUAGGACCCAAUCAAAGGACCCUUUCGGACUUCCUCCAUCGUCAGUCUCAAGCAGGUCUCGAAGCCGCGCGCCACAAGCGCCCCCGCAGCUUCCUGUGUCGGACCAACAGCCUCCCCGUCAACGCCGUCCACAGUCUCCAGCACGGGACCGUGGUUCUGGCAGAGGAGAACUUGGCUAUUUCCCUCCGGAUGCUACCCGUGGACUGCCUAUUCAGCAAGGCCCCAAGGAUCGUGAUUUUCAUCUAACCAAGCUGCCUGCCUCCCAAGCACCGGCAUUGUCACCACUAGGACGGUCAAACAGCGUGCGUACUGGAAAUGUAACUGCUCCAACAGCUCCAGUCCGCCAACGCUCUGAGCCACAUCCUGGACAUGUAACUGCUCCAACAGCUCCAAUCCGCCAACGAUCUGAGCCACAUCCUGGACACGUAACUGCUCCAACAGCUCCAAUCCGCCAACGCUCUGAGCCGCAUCCUGGGCAUAUAACUGCUCCAACAGCUCCAAUCCGCCAACGCUCUGAGCCGCAUCCUGGGCAUAUAACUGCUCCAACAGCUCCAAUCCGCCAACACUCUGAGCCACAUCCUGGACAUCAACCAGAAUCGAGUGCUCCUCGCGGCAGGUCAUAUUCCCUCGUCACUUCGCCGCCGGCCCCUAUCUCGUCGUCACAACUGCAAGUCAAACGAGUUGCUGAUGCCCCUACACUCUCAGAAAGAAUCGAGGAGAAACUACGAUUGAGACACGAGCUUCGCGAACUAGGAUCUGAUUCAGACUCAGAGGCUCCCAGGCGAUCCAGGGCCAAAUCCAUCAGCCCCAAGAUUCUCCCUGUGGCCCCAGCCCCAGAGGUAUGCCCACCUCCCCGCGAGCUUUCUCGUGCCCCGGGCCAGCAUAGUAUGCCACCUACCAAGGAGCCUAUCAAGGUACUGGUGACUCCUCAGGAGCCCAAGCAACUUCCGUCAGCAAUGCGGGGAAGGGCGGCUACAAUGGUCACACCAGCGCCGCCAGCAUUGCGGUCUUCAUCAAGGGCCCCCUCGACCAUGGUUUCCAGGUCCAUGUCAUCUGAUGAGGCCCAACCCAGCUCUAGCAGACCUCGUCGGGCGAACUCUGUCAAGUUUCAGGAUCCUAUGCCACGGCACAGUGCACCCGCACCGGCACCUACCCAGAAAGCGAGCUCCCCACAGCGGUCAACAGGACUAUGUGUGACCCCAUGCCCCCGCUCACUUCCGGUAGCGGGUCUCCAGGACUGGUACACCUUGAAGGGUCUCACACACUUGGACAUCUGCCCCUCAUGCAUGAGCCAAAUCGGGCACUCUCGCUUCCGUGAAUUCUUCAUCCCAAGCCUAGCAAAGCCGGCAACGCAGAAAACCCGCUGCGCCUUCGCCAACGCCUGGACUCGGCUAGCCUGGACACAGAUGAUCAAAAAGCAACACGCCAGCCUGGAGAUGCUCUACCAGAUGACCCGCCCACCACCAGGAAACCAGCCCUGCCCUGGCCGCGUCGUGGCUGACCAAACCUGGUACCGUGUCGUCGACCCGGAAACAGGCAAGUAUCUGCCUCGUUUCCACGUCUGCGGCAGCUGUGCACGAAAUGUCCGCAUCCUCAUGCCAUCCCAACGAGACACAUUCGAACACUGCCCGGAUGUCCAGGAGCGAAUGUGCGACUUCGUAACCACCAGCCCACGUUUCGUCCAGUACGUCGAUCUCCUUGAUAUAGCCGCCGCCCGCACAGAGCCCUCCCGCCAACCAGACUCGCGGGAAUUCAUCUCCUACGCUCGCCGCAAGGUCGUCCUCCGCGAUUGUCGUCGUGACAGACCAACAAUGGGCACAUGGCACUAUAUCCCCUCACUCCCAGAGUUCAGUGUCUGCGAAGACUGCUACGACGAAGUAGUGUGGCCCCUCGCUAAAACACACCAUCCCAUCGCGAAGAGUUUCUCCACGAGUAUGCACUUCCUACCCGGAGACUCGUCGAGCCGGUGCCGCGAAGCAAGUUGCCAGCUUUACUCGCCGCGGAUGAGGACGAAAUUCAGGGAAGCUGUUGCAAAGAACGAGUUCUCGGGACUGAAGGCUGUUGCUUUGAGACGAUUUGAGGCGGAGAGGCGGUUCAGGGAUCGCCGGGAGGAAUUGUUGGAUGCUGAGAACAGGGGAUAUGAUUGUGAGGCGGAACUUAGGAAGGCUAUUGAGGAAUGGAGGAAGUGGGAAUGA